CCAUCCCAAUUUAAGCUCCCAUUCUUUCUGUGUUUUUGAAGCUUUGAUUGUGUUUAUAAUGGCAAUACAACGUGUUCAUGUUUCACGUGUAAAAAAACGUAGAAUAUUUCACAAAAUAUACUGAAUAUAUAUCUAAAUAGCGCUCUUUUCACUGUCCUCAAAACAGGCUGAUGACUUCCUUGUUCUAUGAAGUCCCUCCUUUAGAAAACGUAACAAUAUCUGAUUGUGUAGUUUGUUUGGUGUUUUGUGAUUCAAUAGCAGCUUAGCUUAGCAGAGCCGUUUGAGCCAAAGCUGGUGACUGACGUAUUCCUGUGGGCAGAGUUUAGUCCAAAAACUGUUUUACUGACGUCAUUAAAGCAGGAAGUAGAGGGCUGUAGUCCAAACCGGCCGUUCGUUGUAGGUUUUGAAAGAGGAAUUCUAUUAAAGAAAAUAUAUUGCCUGGCAGUGAACUUUGAGGACAGGUAUUAUUUAUGCUAUUAUAGCAACAUUACACACUAAUUAGGCUUUAAAAAAUGGGAUCAGGAAGAACAUGACCUUUAAGGGUAUCAAAGAUGUGCUCAAAAGUUAAGUACUUAAAAUGGGUUGUGAUCAAUAAUAAGUAUGUGGAUCAAAUAAAUGAUGAGAAAAUCUUGAAUCUCACAUAUGUCUUGGGUGUCUGGCCAACACUCGUUCAGCGAAUGUGUAGUAAGACACUAUAGACCAGGGGUGUCCAGACUUUUUUUUGUGGCGAUCUACUUUUAAAAUGAUAGAGCCGACAAGAUCUACCUGCUAAAAAACACGGUAAAUUAUUUUUUAUAACACUUAACAUGCAUGUUAGGACUAUACCUCUACAUUGACUUUAGGGCUGUUACCAUUAUUCAAUGAUUUUUGACUUGAUUUCAACUACUCAAAAAGAAUAGAGUACAUGUCGAGUAUUCCUUAAAAUAGCGGAGAUGCGGUUUAGUGAAACAAACUAGAAAAUGACAACAGUAUUAGAAGCAUAUAAAGUAGCGCAACGCUGCCUCGCCCUCUCUCUCUCUCGUUUGCUCGCUCGCACGCGAUCAGCUCCUGGGUGAAGGCAAGAUUGCGCAUCCUGGUGAAUUGCGGAAGUUAGACGACUGAGCUGCAGCGGCCUGGCAUAAGAUUUAUAAAAACACAUUUGAAAACACAUAGAAAAAAACUCAGAGUAAUUGUGAAACAUGCAAGUAUUUUAAGACCAUAAUGCCAAUUUUGCGCAUGGAGCAGCAGUUAACUUAUGUGCGAUCUACCGGCAUUGCCCUUGCGAUCGACUGGUCGAUCGAUGUAUUGGACACCCCUCCUAUAGACUAUAUAUGGCUCUCGGAGAAAUUACCUCAGGUAAUACUAAUCCGGUGCGAAAAGACCAGCUGUGAAUAUACACACAAAUUUUUUAAUUUCCUGUAAUUGUGCAAAAAAAAAUUCAAAUAUAGAAAAGCUUAGAAGCAUUCACCUGCAUUCUAGGCUGUGGAACAAGGCAGUGGCAAGUCAGUUCCUGCAUACCACGACUCAGACUUUACAAAAAAGGUCAAAAUCACUUCUCAGGAGCACAGAACUAUUUCCGAAAUUGACAUUCUCCCCAAACCGAAAUUAACUAAAGCCCUAUUCGGACGGGAUUAGUUUUACGGGGGUAGAUGGAGUAAUGUAACUUUACCACACGACAUCUGUAGUAUUGAUGUGAAGUGAAAUCAUAGGCGGAGGGUGAAUUAACUCUAGGGUAAGGCUACGGAGCGGUGCACAUAGAAUGGGAUUUUUGAAUUCCACUUCACAUUAACAGGGCUCGACAUUAAGGCUUGUCCGCUUGUCCGGGACAAGUGGAGUUUUUGUAGGACAAGUGUAAGAGAAAAUUAGUUGUCCUACUGGACAAGUUAAAUUUCAAACAAUGUUACUAAACGUUAUGUGCCGUUAACGACAGAGCAGAAUGCGCAGCGCAAACACAGAGCGGAAUAUUCAACAGAGAGCGCGGCACGCUGACACACACACGUUAUUGUUACUAAACAAGCUGCGCGCGCAUGAAACCUGAUCGCCGAACACGGAGGGGCGGGAGUCGCGGGACGGCAUGGAGUGGAGAGUGAUGAGUCUUCAGGCUCCGGCGUGAAUAUAAAUGACUUAACUGUGUGUCAAAAAAGCCGAUUUAAGUCCGUAUUUUUCUCUUCUAACGUUCGGUAAAAACAAAUAAUGAGCUUAAAAUCUUGUUUAAGAAUCUGUUUUAUAACGAAUCUCCACACAAACAUUACAGCGUAAAUGCUACGUUUAAGAUUGAUUUGACAUAUAACAGAUAAUCUAGAUACAUUUACCCUAAUACGUUUUUUAAAACAUGGUAAUGUUUUAAUGUUUUGCUUUAGUGUUUUAAUGUCAGACAAUCAUUGAAUGGGAAAAAAGGAAGAGAAAGGCAGCCGAUAUAGCAUCAUUCUUCAGAAAGAGUAGCAAGAAGCAGCCAAAUGAAUCUUAGUAAAAUACAUUUCAGUGGCCUAAAUUCACAUGAUUUUCUGGUCUCUAUAGUUUUUUCAGCAAUGGGAGAUAUAAAUCCUGGUUUGAGUAAAUUCCAAUAGUUUUUGGAAUUAAAUAGUUUAAAAAAGCAUGAGGUUUAGAGUUUAGAGUUUAUUCACAUUUCACACAUUUUACACAUACAUAUAUUCAUAUAAACUUAAGAUGAGCAUGCAUGUGAACUGGUCCCCAAAGAAGCUAUCUAAAGCUUAUAAUAGGGGGCCAUGACAAGCCAAGGUAGAAAAAAGAAAAGAAAAACAAAAAACAAAAAUUAACAAAAAAAAGUGUGGCCAACAUAUAAUACAUUUAAUACAUCACUUUCAUACAACAAAAGGAAGGAGAUCCCAUUUAACAGAUACAAUUUGUUUAACAGUUUACCUUAAGGUUGAGAAAUUUAUACUGACAUACAUGCAGAGUGAGAAAUAGUACGUACAUCAGGAAGAUGUAUACAAGUUUAGUAAUUGUUUCUUGAGGUUUUGUUUAAAAGAAGAAAUAGAGCUUGAGGUUUUCAGACUUUCAUCCAGCUCAUUCCAGAUUCGCGGUCCCCGGGUCACUACACUCAUGCCAGUGCUUUUUAAUCUCCGUUUUUUACCAGUAAUGAUAUGCAUGUUUCUAGUGAGGUAAGUGUGCCGGGGAUAGUGGAUUGGAACAAGUUCACAUAGUCUGUUAUUCAAACCAAAGACCACCUGAUACAUAGUACAUGCAUUGUGAAAUAUAUUAUAUUCAGUUAGUCUUAAAAGACCAUACCUAAAGAAAAUAGAGCGAGUUGGCGCAUUGAAGUCAGACCAUGAUAUGGCACGAAUAAUUUUUUUUUUGUAGAAUUUCUAAUUUUUUUAAGUGAGUUGAAUAAGUAUUGCACCAUAUAAUAUUGCAGUAAUUUAAAUGUGGUUCAAAGAGAGUUUUAUAAAGAAUAAGUAGUAAUGCGUGGGGAAGCAGGUGUCUAAGCUUAAGGAACAGACCAACAUAUUUUGAUAGCUUUUUGACAAGAUAUUCAAUAUGGUGUUUGAAGUUUAGGUGAUCAUCUAUAAAGACACCCAAGAAUUUCGUCGUCUUCACUCUUUUUAUUUCCUCUCCCCUUAUUUUGAUCGUGAAAUUUAAAUCCUCGAAAUUAAGUUGUUUUUUAUUUGGACAGAAUAUUAUGUAGUUGGUUUUUCUAACGUUUAUGGAUAGUUUAUUUACUUUGAACCAAUUAUCCACAUUCUGAAGCUCUUUGUUAAGUAGUUGUUGAAGUUCAAAUUCAUUUUUAUGUGAUAGGAACAAGUUAGUGUCAUCUGCAAAGAUUACUUUGUGGAGAGUCUUUGAGGAAUUUUCCAAAUCAUUAGUGCAAAUAAUAAAGAGUAGAGGACCUAAUAUGGAUCCUUGUGGAACACCAUAUUUAAUGUAUUUGUUUUCUGAUGUCUGUUCGUGAAUAGUUACAUAUUGUUGCCUCAGGUGUAAGUAGCUCUUGAACCAAUUCAGUGGUUGGCCUCUAAUUCCAUAAUGAUGCAGUUUGUACAGUAGUAUAGUAAAGUCGAUGGUAUCAAAGGCCUUUGAAAGGUCUAAAAAUACACCAAUACCACAUUCCCCCUUUUCAAUAGCAUCAUUGAUCUUUUCAGUAAGAUCAAGGAUCGCCAUGCAGGUGGUGUGUUUUUUUCUAAAGCCAUACUGGGAUGGGUUGAGUAUGUUUAGUGUAUUAAGAUAAUUAAUAAGCCUUAUAUAAACCACUCUUUCCAAUGUUUUGGAAAGAGUUGGUAAGAUGGAUAUGGGACGGUAAUUUGUUAUAUCAUUUUUAUCACCAGAUUUAAAAAUUGGAAUUAUUUUUGCAAUUUUUGUCAUUUUGGGAACAGUUCCUGUAAGCAGUGAGAGAUUAAUACAGUGUGUAAGUGGUUCAAUUAUUUCUUUGGCAAUACUUUUUAAUAUUUUACUACUAAUUUCAUCUUCUCCAGCAGAAUUUGAGCUCUUCAGAGCCAUUAUGAUAUUAUGCAGUUCAGUCGCGUCUGUAGGCUUUAGGAAGAAGGAAUUUGGAUAGUUGCCUGACAUAUAUUGUUUGUAAGAGACAUUGUAUAGUUGAGUUAAGUUUUUUGAAAGAUUAGCCCCUAUUGAUACAAAGUAAUUGUUAAAAUCAUUUGCAAGAUCAGUUUUAUUAAUUGUGUCUGGGAGCACAGUGUCUUUAUGGCCCCUAUUUAAAACAUUAUUAAGCACUUUCCAUGAUUUCUUGGAGUCUCCCUGCGAAUUUUUGAUAAGUUCACAAUAGUGACUAUAUUUACUUUUCCUGAUUAUAUAUAACAGUUUAUUCUUAUAAACAUUGUAUUUAGUUUUAUUCUCUAUAUUUGGUUUUUAACAUAUAUUUGGUAGAGUUUAUUCUUUUGUUUGAUGGAGUUAAAGAUUGCCCUUGUUAGCCAGGGUUUGUGUUCUACCCUACUGCGUGUGACAGUUUUUAUAGGAAUGGAGCAGCGAAUAGAAUCUGUUAUUUCAUUUACCAGGGAAUCAUAUGCAGUGUCAGGAUCGCAGCAGCAGCAAUAAACAGUGUUCCAUGCUUUAGCUUGCAGACUUGCCUUAAGUUGGUAUUAUGACUAUAAAUUGUAUGUUAAUCUCAAUUCAUUUUAAUUAAUAGCAAUUGUAUGUUAUACAUUAUUCUGAUUAACACACCUAUAAUACUUAAAAGUAUUUUAAGGUUGGAUAAUAAAGAUUUUAUGUGCCACCCAAGAGUAACUGCUGGCCCCUGCCUGGCCACCCCUAUGAAAAAUCCCUUGCUCCACCACUGAUUAGCAAAACACAAAAAAACAUUAUAUUAUAAAUCUUUACCUGGACAAGUGAAACACAAAUUUACUUGUCCGAAGGACAAGUUCCUCAAAAAGUUAAUGUCAAGCCCUGCAUUAAUUUAUUAUUUUUUUUAUAAACACGAGAUAAAUUGACAUGAUUGGUGCUUUAAACGCAGUGUCAAGCUCAUCAAUGUCAGUUCUAGAACACUAGACCAAUCAGAAAAACACGGGGGCGUUGCUGGUUUUCUUUCAGGCAUAACACUUUGUGCUGCUUUUUAAAAACAAUUCACAAGUAGUGCUCUCACAUUUAAAACGUAAACACACAGACUGUCCAUACAGAAUCAAACUUAAAAAGCAAAACCAAAUUUAAUUACUUUUCAUGGCACCAACCUACACCUCCAAGCAUAAACGGCCCAUGAAUUAUUUAAAAAAAGUGCAAUACGUUCAGAAACUAAUGUUAAUUUUAAAAUAAAGCAGGCAUAGUGUAUGGUUGACUUGGCAUGGCAGCCAAUAAUAAUAAAUAUUCAUUGCCUUACCUAACAAAGUAAAAUCCUGCAAUUGGAAACGCAUCACAUUUGUUGAUAAUGUCUUUGAUGUCUUUGAUGUUUAAUUUUGUUGUUAUGUCGCUCUCAAUAUGCAGCAGACUCAAGGACGAAAAUCUCUCCUGGCUCAUGGUUGAACGCAUCCAGUUCCUUACGCCUCGCAUUGCUGAAAAUGAUCUCUCACAUGUUGCAGUUCCCACCGGUAAGGUCCGCAACUUCUGGAUUGCAUUUUAAAACCGCAUCAACACUCCUUGCUAUGACCAAGUUAUCGGGAGUGAGAAAAUACCAGAAAAUUUAAAAACGCCUGCAGCUUUCAAAGCUGACGUGUGCAAGGUUUUGUAAUGCAUCGCGAUACAUCGUAUCGUGCCCCAUGUACCGUGAUAUGUAUCGUAACGUGAAGCCCUUGCCAAUACCCAGCCCUAAACACGAAAAACGCAGAACAAAUCCAUCUUGAGAUUGCUUAAAGUGCAACUUGAAAGUUACUUUUUUUGUGAGAUAAAUAUAUAACCUUGUAUGAAAGUACCAUAUAAAAAUUAAAUGCGUAAUUAAAAAUUUUUAACAAGACUCUGAGCGCAUAAAUUUUGUAAAAAAGGUGACUGUUUCUAAGACAGUUCUCAAAAUCCCGGGUUUUUUCAACAACGCGUCAUAUUACGUAAUCAGAGGCGCAGUGUCUGACAGGCUGUACCCUGGCUCAGUGCAGAGUAGGUUGGUAUUCAGUGAAAGCAGUUGCAAUUUGGUGUGUUCUCGAUAGUUUUGGUUUUCGGUUUUCUGUUUAUCAUCGUCAUGGUAAAUCGUUGUGUUUGUGGAGGUUGCACAAACUCCAGUCUGUCAGGACAUCGCGUCUUUAGUUUUCCGAAAAAGACCAAGGAGGACGGCGGUGUCUUCCGUGCCUGGGUGCGUUUUGUGCAGAUGAGGAGACGGGAUUUCACUUCUGCAUCUGUAUCGAAAAACGCGGUAGUGUGCAGCGUUCACUUUAGGCCGGAGGAUUAUAAUGACAGCGAUAUGAUGGAGCUCAACAUGGGCUACCGAAGCAAAAACUUCGUGAGACUCAGAGUUGGUGCGGUUCCUUCGGUGCACGCAGCACGUCCAUCAAGUCCGCCUGGUCCGUCGUCGUCAGCAUGUGGUGAUGGCGCCGGCGGGAAAAAGGAUGAUAAUGGGUCUGUCAGAGGUGCAGCUGAACGAAAACGCACACUGUGCACAUUGUUGGGAGACUUGGAAGGUAAUCCGUCGACAGCCAGUGCUGCAGUGCUUGCUGACCCAGAGGAGGAGGCUUUCUCUCCACUGGUCCCUGUGUCAUCAGUGCAUGACUUUGGCUCACAGUGUAACCUGAGACCUUUACAUCGUUCAUCAGCUGUUCAGGCACAGCCCAAGAUGGUUAGUGUGGGGACUCAGACAAAAACAUCCGCUCCAUCUACCAGUCCUGUGCACAGCGAUGAUGAUUCAUCCUCUCUUUUCAUGGACGAACCUGAUGAUGUGUUGUGGACACCAGAAGGUGAAAAGACAAGUGAUUCAUCUGAGGAGGAAACACUGCAGGAAACUCCCCCUGAUCACAUUGCUGCUGACAAGUUCAUUGUGUGCCGAAGCCAGCUGAUGUCUCUCUUUACAAUUUGCCCAGCCUGUUCUGGAAAAACGCAAGGAAAUGUUGAGAAGCAGGAGGGAACUUUUUUAAAAGUAAAGCAGGUCUGUGCAGCAUGUGGGUACCAGCGUUUCUGGCAGAACCAGCCAAUGCUGCAUCGCAAUAUGCCAGCAUGCAACCUCUUACUGAGCGGGGCAAUACACUUUUCAGGUUGCAUGGCUACCCAAACCAUCAGGAUGUUGAAACUCUUUGGGCUUCAGUGCAUCACUGUCAACACCUUCUUCCGCCAUCAGCGAUUGUAUACAAUUCCUACUGUCAUUAAGGCGUGGCAGAAUGAACAGGCAGGAAUAAUAAGAGAUCUGAAGGAGAUGAGUGGGGGACUGAUCCUGUCUGGUGACUGCAGAUUCUCCUGGCCAUUGUGCAAAGUACGGCACAUAUUCUUUGAUCGAAGACCGAAUAAACAAGGUUUAAGAUGUUCAGCUUGUACAGAGCUCAGAAGUCCCAAGUAGCAGCUGGUGUGAGUUAGAGGGUCUAAAGCGCAGCAUAAGGUUUCUGACUGAGCAAAAUAUGCAAGUGUCAGCCCUCAUCACAGACAGAAAUCGGCAGGUUGCCAAAUGGGUGCGGGAGGAGUUGUGUUCAAAGGGAACCAACCAUUUCUUUGACAUAUGGCAUAUUGGCAAAA